GGGGGCGGCAGCAUAUGCGAGCACGGGCGGCGGCGAUCGGGAUAUGAUGCGAAAGAAAGUCAGAUUCAGUGUGAUCACGGCAACGAAGCAUCACAGUGCGAAGCUUGCUAUCUUUCUGAAAUGUGUGAACAUAGCUGCAAGCGAACUGAGUGCAAAGACUGCGAGGUCAUGCUUCCUCAGAACAAGAAGAGGAGAAAAGAAAAGAAAGCUUCUGGAACCUGUGAACACAAUCGUCAGAAGAGGCUGUGCAAGGAAUGCGGCGGAUCCAGCAUCUGUGUUCAUAAACGACAGAAGAGAAGAUGCAAAGAGUGUAGGGGCUCGGGAAUAUGUGAGCAUGACAGGGAACGCAGGCUGUGUAAAGAUUGUGGGGGCUCCGGUAUUUGUAUACACAAGAGGGAGAAGAGGAGAUGCAAGGAAUGUGGUGGCUCGGGGAUCUGUGAGCACAAUCGCAGGAGGAGCCUGUGCAAGGAGUGCCGAGGGUCAGCAAUCUGUGAGCACAACCGUGAGAAGCGGCUCUGUAAAGAUUGCCACGGAGCGGGUAUCUGCGCUCACAACCGUCAGAGGAGACUGUGCAAAGAGUGUAAGGGGUCUGAGAUCUGUGCGCACGGGAGGCGCAAAGGCCUGUGUAAAGAUUGCGGGGGAAGGAGCUUCUGCGAGCACAACAAGGUCCGCCGUCGCUGUAAGGAGUGU